GAUGGGGUAGGGGAAAGAUGUAGGAGGCACAGACCAAGGAACCCACACCCCUAAGCUAAUGAAAAAACAGCAAUGAAAAGUUGAGAGAUCGCCAUCUCUUCUGGAGUUUAGCCUACUCAUGUAUCACCUCAACUCCCCACAGUCCCACCCUCUCAGAGGAGCCUGAGCUAGGAAGGGCCCCAAGAGAUGUCAGAAGAGAACCUUCUGGGCUGAGGAGGAGUGGUCCAGAGGCCUGCAGAGGGAUUUAAGGAGCGGCCCAAGCACGCGGCUGGCUGGAAACCUAAAGGACAUCGUCCAGGUGGACAGGAACCAGCUUGAAUUUGCUAGAGUCCCCUUCCUGGGGAGGGUCACAGGCCACGAUGUUAUGUUGGGCGUCUGACAAGUGGCGGCCACACCGGAGAAGGAUUCAUGCACGAAGGUGUUGAGGAUCAUGGCCUGUGAACCAGAGAAGACAUCAAAGGAAACCCAAGAACUUCGGGACUUCUUGCAAGGAGGCUGGAACUAAGUGUUCUGAUGACACCAGAGAGGCGGAGACCAGAAAGCAAUGUCUCUUUCCUCCCCCCCAUCCACCCCCGUCAGCACAGGGGCUCCUCAAACCCAGGGGACACUCCUUCGUCUCAGACUGGUCUUCAUCCAGAAACCUUUCUAGCCUCUUCUUACCUUUGGGCUGUCCUUGGCCUCAGGAAGGAAGAAUCCCACCCCUGCCCUGCUGUCCUCCAGCUCCUGUCCUUCCACUUCAGUCAGAGAAGUGUAGCUGAGCCUGUCCCUUCUGGAAUUUCUGCAUUUUUACCAGAAGGAUUAACUGGGCCAGGGAUAAACGGGAAGCGUCUCUCACCCAAGGACCAGUUGGACCUCGUAUUUCGUAAGUGUUACAGCUCCCGGACUGGGUGAGGCUGAGACCCUAAAGUAGAUCAAGCUAGAGGUGGCUGACCAGAUGGGUGACCUUGGGCAAAUGUCUCCUCUCUCUGAGGCAUGAAGACUUGGGCCAGAUGAUCUCUGAAGGACAGUCCGGCUUUGAGGGCAUAGGGGAAGGCACAUGGGGGAGACUGGGGGCACGCUGGAAGCUCUGGGAAGGGGCGGAGAGCCACUCGAGACCCACCUCUGCUUCCAACCACCUUAACUCUGCCAGCAGGAAGAAUGGCACCCCGUGUGGUCCAGCUCCUGUUCCUCCGGCUUGUUCUAGAGCCAGCUUUGGUCGAAAACAUCCAGCUACAGCUCGCUAUCAAGAACUUCCGUACCUUACAUAUCGACUAUCCCAAGGUUAACUACGCAAAGCGUUUCCGGGGCUACUGUAGUGGUCUGAUGUCCUAUGUACGGGGCAGACAACAAAGCUGGUAUUGCCCAAAGAUCCAUUAUGUCUUACAUGCCCCGUGGACAGCCAUCAAGAAGUUCUGCAAGUACAGCGAGAGCUUCUGUGAGAAUUACAAUGAAUAUUGUACAGUCACCCAGGACUCCUUCCCCCUCACAAUCUGCUCCCUGAGCUCCAAGCAGCCACCCACCAGCUGCCACUACACCAGCACCCUAACCGACCAAAGGCUCUAUCUGCUCUGCUCCCAAAAGUAUGAUGCUGAACCGAUAGAUAUCAUGGGCCUCUACUAGGGAUGGGACGUGUUAAGUCUGAACUAGCCCCCCCUACUGCCGCUACAGACCAGCCUGUCCCCACUCCUGAAGCUCUGAUCCCUGGUACAAGGCUUCCUUCCUGGCUUCAAAUGUAGGCAGGAUCCCCUCCCAGGAGACCAGGGAGAUAGGAAAUAUGUCCAGAGCUUUGGUCACCAUGCAAAGUUGUACUGUCUUCUAGGCUCUUUCUAACUUGUUUAUCUCCCCCCAUCACUCCUGCCACCACCCUCCCUCUCUCACGGACAGUUUCACCCACCCAAGAAGCUGACUGUGUCCAGUUGGCAGUGACAGUCCAUCUACUGGGCCAGAUCCUGUAUCGUGGCUGGAGGCCCAGAGCCUCAGCUCACACCAUGGUACCAGUUCCGAGUCUCAAAUCCCCUUCCCUGCCACCCUUCCCUUCUCAGUCUUCCCCAUUUCCCUUAUGAUUCCCUCUACUCCCUCACCCACAUGGUAGGUAUCUCCAGCUAUAGGAACCUCCCUGAGCGUCUUAGAGUCAUAUUAGCUUCAUUUCUCCAGGCCACGCUCCCUCCCCCGAGCUCUCAGUCUGUUCCUCUCUAUGGAAUCACUGAUUUCCUUUUCAUGUAACCUGUCCUUUCUGUCCUCCUUCCACCACGGAGCCCAUUGCAGUCUCUUCCCUACACACCCAACCUCUUUAGUCACCCUUUAUUCUUCUCUGACCUCUUUUCCUUCCAUCCGUCUCAGCUUGGUUCACUGGAUUUCCAAAUUAUCUUCUCUGACCUAUUCCCCCCAGAUUCCUGCAUCCUUUUAUUUCCCAACCUCCUCCUAACAUCCCCCAAACUCCAGAAUCUGCCUCUGACAAGGCAGGGGUGAAGUGGGCCCAGCUGUAAUCACAGAAGGAUUUAAAACCAUAUCUGAAUUAUGUAAGAUAUAACCAUUGGAUGAAACUGGGUGAAGGGUACAUGGGACCUGUCUGUACUUUUUGCAUCUGCCUGUGAAUCACUGCAAAAUAAAAAGAUAAAAAAACACA